CUGAAACUCGCGUUUAAAUAAAUUUAGCGCUCUGUUACAGCUGCUCGUAGCAUAUGCCGGAACAAAACAAACUAGUAAACACAUCAGUAUAUAAACAACUAAAUCAUAAUAAAAUUAAUAUGAACAGCGAUUAUUAUUCUACAAUUUACGCUUGGUUUGAAAGAUGUGGAAUUAUAUCAGAUGUCCGGACGCAUUUACGUCAUAAUUUAGUGAACGCUUUAAAAAGUACAGAUAUGACAUUAAACAAAGACAACAGUGGGCCGAAAUCAGCAAAGCAGUAUAUUUAUGACUUAUUAAUAGCCGAGUACCUGUGGAACCACAAUUACGCGUACACUUUGUCUGUGUUUGCAAGUGAAGCACCUUUACUGGUUAAUUUCCGCAAGCAUGUAAAGCCCGACUCAGAGGAUGAUAAACAGAAACUCCAAAAUGAUUAUGUUACUCAUGCUCUGGAAACGCUGGGCAUCAGGCCCGAUGAGCCUGAUGGUCAGUCUAUUAUCGCCGAUUAUGACAAUAAUGACAUGCCAUUAUUGCUGACAAUAUUGAAGUUUAUUUAUAAAGGUAAAUUUAGAUGUACUGAAAGUGCUAGAACUGAAUUUAAGAGCUGUCAGACACAAACUGAUUUUAAAGUAUCGGAAGAUAUUCUGCGGGAAAAGCGAAAAAUUAUUAACGCUAGAAAGAAGUUGGUGGAACAAAAUGAAUUUUAUAAUUCUAAGUUGAAAGAGUAUGAAGAAAAAAUUAAUAAACGAGCUGAUAUUGUUGGGGAGCAAAUGAUUUUGUUGGACAAUAAAUUAGUUACAGCUCAGAAUAUGCUACAAGAAAUAAAUGAAAAAGAGUCAAAAUUAAGAAAAGAAAAAGAAGAAAACGAUAGAUAUAUUUUUAUUAAAAAUCAAGAAUUAAUUUCAAGAGAAAAUUUACUUGCUCAUGAAGCCAAAAGGCUUCAAAAUGAACAAGAUAGUUACAAAAUAUUCGAAAGAAAUUUAAAGAAGCUUCAAGAAGAACUCGCUAAAGUACAAAAAGAACAAUUAAGUAAAAACGAAGAAAGAGUAAUACAAAUAUGUACACGUGAAGUAAGUACACAGACAGAAGUAAUUGAUUCUGAAAAAAUUAUAAUUAACAAUUGCGAUGACGAGAAAAGACAGCUUCAGAGUCUCGUUCAAGAACAGCAAUUGCGAAUAGAAGAGCUUACACUUCGAGCAAUACGUUUGUCACGACAGCUUGAAGAAGCGCAGCUUUUAAAACCUGUGAUUGAAGUAACGCGACCAGUCUUUUCAAAGACACUAACAACAGUCCUCAGUGAAAGCAGUUCUACCGACGAUAUUAUCCAGGAUGCUAAACAACGUCUUAAGAGACUGGAAGAGGAGAGCUUGAAGGCUGAUCAGUCAUAUUUUAAUUGUAUUACCGGCUUGCCUUUAUAAUAGACAAUUAAUUAACUAGUUAUUAUUAUUAUUAUUAUUAUUAUUAUUAAUAAUAUUUAUUU